AGAAAACCUUAGUUCUUCUUACUCAGAAGCCAUAGUAUCAUUACACAGUACUCUCUCUGACACACACACACACAAAAAUGGAAUUAUCACAUUCAUCUUUCCUCCUAUUAUUAUCGUUGAUAAUUCCAGCACUGGUUGCCUUGGUUUUCAAGCUUACGAUGACAAAGAAAAUGGGCUCUGAUCUCAAAAAACAAAGGGUUCUGCCGGGGACAACCGGAUGGCCGAUCCUCGGAGAAACCCUAGACUAUUACUGGAAGCUAGGUAGCGGAAACCUUGAGAAGUUUGUUGCGGAUCGGGUGGCAAAGUAUUCGUCAAAAGUAUUCAAGACCUCGUUAUUGGGAGAUCCUAUGGUGGUGUUAUGUUCUCCUGAAGGCAACAAAUUCCUGUUCGCAAAUGAACUAAAACAUGUCAAGUUUUGGUGGCCAGGCACAUUGAACAAAAUCUUCCCAAAGACCGAUAAAAAACCCAGCCAUGAUCACUCCAACAAGCUUCGCAACUUGCUUCAGGUGAUUUUCAAAUCCGAUGUUCUAAGAACGUAUGUUGGAACAAUUGAUAGGCUAACAAAAAGGCAUUUGGAGUCACAUUGGGACUCAAAACAAGAAGUAGUUGUUGGCCAUAUGGUAACCAAGUUGUUAUUCACAUUGGCUUGCAACAUAUUCUAUGGUAUUGAUGAUCCACAGAAGAUUGAAAUGUUUGCUAAAGGGAUGAAAAAUAUUGAGUCUGGUGUCAUUAGGUUACCGUUUGAUUUCCCCGGCACAGCGUUUCGUCGCGCCAUUAAAUCAUCCAAGGCUCUUCUCAAAGAGGUUGAGGCCAUAAUGGAGCAACGGAAGAUUGAGCUUUCGGAUUCCGGGCGGCGGCCCUUGUUGAAGGAUUUCAUGUCUUAUUUGAUGAUGGAAAGAGAUGAAAAUGGAGAACCCUUUAAGGAUGAAGAUAUUUCCAGCCAUCUGCUUGGUUUAUUGCUAGCAAGUUCUACGUCUAUGCAUAGUACCAUGACUAACGUGAUCAAGUGUCUCUCGGAAUUCCCUGAUGUGUACGCUUCUGUUCUUGAAGAGCAAAAUGACAUUUUAGCUGGAAAAGGACAAGAUGAGUUACUCUGUUGGGAAGAUUUAAGGAAGAUGAAGUAUAGUUGGAAUGUGGUGUCCGAAGUUUUGAGAAUAUUUACUCCAAAUACUGGAAGCUUUAGGGAGGCUAUUACAGAUUUCAAUUUCCAAGGAUACACAAUCCCAAAAGGUUCAAAGAUUCAUUGGAUGUCCUAUGCGACCCAUAAAGAUCCAAAUUAUUUUCCUGAACCUAAGAAGUUUGAUCCAUCAAGAUUUCAAGAGAACCGUUUUAUUGCUCCUUUUACAUUUGUUCCAUUUGGAGGAGGACCUCGAAUGUGCCCCGGGAUAGAGUACGCGAGAUUGGUAAUACUGGUGUUCAUGCACAACGUGGUUACUAAGUUCAGAUGGGAAAAGAAGAUUGCCCAUGAGGAAAUGGUUUAUUAUCCAGCCCCUAAGCCGGUGAACGAACUCCCGGUUCUCCUUCGUCCUCGCCAUUAAUUUUGAAAUAAUCCGAAAAAUGAUCACAAUGAAAAAUAAAUGGGAACAUCAGAAAAAGGACCCACUGCAUAUUUCAAAAUUUGUAAUUGUGUAACUAUAUAUACUUUGGAUCACGAACUUUUAUUUUCCCUUCAAAUGUGUCGGAUUUAUGUAUUGAAUAUGAAGG